UUAUUAGUAGCAGGGAGAAUAUAGUAAGCGCGUUGCAAGCAGAGUUUGAGAAUUGAGAGAGCGCAAUGGAGGACGUUCUCACUGAAACCCCUCCGCCUUCGAGGUUCUUCCCAGAGGACCUCGACAACUUCGCCUCCCCGCCCCCUCAUCUCCCCUCCCCCUUCCUCCUCCUAAACCCUAACCCUAACCCUAACACCAACUCCCCACUCCUGAACCCUUCCCUCCUCCUCAUCGCCAUCUCCGCCCCUUCCCUCUCCCUCCUCCACCGCACCGCUCCCAAAACCCUCGUCGGAAACCUAUUCCUCCCCGAGAUCCCGCUCUCCGGAAACGCCGCCCUCGCCCCCUACCCCCGCGACCGCUCCUGCAACCUCUACGCCGUCGACAGGCCCGGGUCCUCGCCUGCGGUCCUCGCCGCGGUCCAGUACCCCGUCGCCCCCGAGCGGUCCCGCGCCGUGGCGAAGUCGCUCCUCGGCGGGGUCGGCGCCGAGAGGGUGCUCAUCCUGGACGCGAUCCGGAGCGAGAACUACAGGGGGCGGCUCGCCGUGGACGAAGCCCUAGUCUUCAAGCUGGAGACCGCGGAGCAGCGGCGGAGCGGCGACCCGGUGGUGCGCGGGGUCGAGUUCUUGCCCUCCGGGAGCGUGAUGGACGGCCUCGGCGCGGCGAUCCUCGCCGAGUGCCAAGUGAGGAGGGUCAAGGCGACGCUGCUGGCGACGUGGCCGGAGAGCGGGCCGACGUCGGUGGUGCCGACGCUGAGCCGUUUGUUUCGCGAAUUAGGGCUUGAUGUGGGCGAAAUUGAUGGUAAGGACGACUCUGAUGCAGGAUUUGGGCCUUCAUUCCGCCACGAUUCAGAUUUGUACACCUGAGAGCAUGGGCACAACACUGGAGCUAUAUAUUCUGGAGAAGUCAAGAAUCCAAGGACAAAAGGCUCAACUUGAUACUCAACAGUUCAUUCACCAGGUAUACUCUCACUACUGUUUACUUUAAUCUUGAUUCUUUAAGUUAUUUAGAUACAUUCUUUUGAAUAAAGCACAAGUUUAUUUGCACAUAUUUGACCAAUAGAAAUAUCAGUCAUUCCCUGUUGUAGCCUCACCAUCACAUCUUAUUCAUGAUAAUUUAAUAUCUGUAUUCAUUAUUUUCAUGGUUCUUGCUAAUCUUUCCAUGAUCAUUAAUGGCAGGUCCAUAGUUGGUUGAAGUUAUGUUCUUAUCACUGUGACUUGUCAGAUAAAUAUUUUUAUGAGCGCUUUAAGUUAUUUCAUCCAACUAGCAAAAUGAAAUAAAAUUCUCUAGCACGUAAACUUUAAUUGGUAAAGGUACAAGUUAAUGGAGAAUAGGGAUCAAUAAUGCUAGUUGGAUGAAGAGCAUCUAAGCUGUCGUUUUACACGAUCUCUUAUGAAAAUUUUUAUAAUUUUUUUUUUCUUCGCUUGUCAAGAAUAAUGCGUGCCACUCGUUUAGAUAAGCUGUAAUCUUAUUAUUGCAACCUUGUGACUGGAGGAAAAGAAAAAAAGCCAUUGAUGUGUGCUAUAUUUAUAUGCA